AUGUACGCAGCUCUAGGCUGCGCCCUGAUUCUUGCAGUAUUCGCCAUUCUACUUCUGGCUCGAGGUCAAUUCCCAGGCCAGAGGGCUCCCGGUUUGCCUCCAGGACCUCCAUGUCUUCCCAUCAUUGGGAAUAUCCACCAAAUUCCUAGAACUGGAGCCCACCUCAAGUAUGCACUAUUCGGGUUUGCCCCGAUUGUUUUCUCAGAGCUAAUGACAUAUGGCAGGUUCACAGAAUGGGUAUCACUUUACGGGCCUAUAUUUUCACUCAAGUUGGGAUCUCAAAAUGUCAUUGUUUUGAGCUCUCCGUACAUGAUCAAGCAGCUCAUCGACAAACAAUCAGCUAUUUAUAGUGAUCGACCCAAAUCGUACAUUGCAGACAAUCUAGUUUUCCAUCAUGAUCAUCUUAUGUUCCUCGGCCCUGAUGCUAGAUGGCGGCGUGGUCGGCGACUCUAUCAUCAAUUUUUUAAUGAAACUCUUUGCGAAAAGAGUCAUCACCAUCUUCAAAAUGCUGAAGCUACACAGCUUCUUCGAGAUCUAUGUUGCAGCCCGGAUAAUUUCAGGAGCCACUGCAAGCGGUUCCCAAACAGCAUCAUCAUGAGUCUUGUCACGGGUAUUCGGACAGCAACUCCAUCAACUCCUCACAUGAACAGCCUCUACACUGUCUUGGAUGGUAUAUCUGAGAUUUUUGAGAUGGGUGCAACUCCACCAAUUGACAUUUUCCCAUUUUUGAAUUGGAUUCCAGAGACAUUUUUCGGUAAUUGGAAGUCUCGGUCUGUCGGUCUUUCUCAAACCAUGGAUUCUGUCUACGGUCCGCUUGUAGACCGGGUAUUAUCUCGUCGAGCAAAGGGCGGAUCAACAAAAAGCGAAAGUUACUUAGACAUGAUCUUUGAUCAGCAAGAAAAGCUGCAGUUAACUCGACACGAAAUUGAUCUCAUGCUUGGAAACCUCUUGGAGGGUGGGUCUGAUACCACAUCUAUUACGAUCAUUUCUUUCAUUCAAGCUAUGGCUUUGUAUCCGGAAGCUCAAAAGGAAGCACAGAAAUCCAUUGAUGACGUGAUUGGCUCAGAGAGAUCCCCUACAUGGGAAGACUUCUCGAGUCUACCAUAUAUAACGAUGGUGGUCAAAGAGACCCUGCGCUGGCGACCUGUGAUGCCAACGGCCUUUCCACACGCUACAAGUAAAGAGAGCUCAAUUGAUGGGAUGACUAUUCCCGCAGGUUCUACGGUCAUGAUAAACGUCUGGGGAUUGCAUCACGAUGAUACUCUACAUGAUGACCCUAGCCAUUUCAAUCCUUCAAGGUACAAAUACCAUACCAAUUUGGCACCGGUAUAUGCAUCUUCGCCUGAUUACGAAAACCGUGAUCACUACGUGUACGGCUCAGGACGUCGCAUCUGCCCUGGAAUACAUCUCGCAGAACGUGGGCUUUUCUUGGCCUUUGCUAAGAUGCUAUGGGCAUUCGAUAUUACUCCCAAACUGGACUCUAGUGGAGUUCCAAUCCCAAUUGAUUGUGACCCUGUCACUGGGUAUACCGAUGGAUUCCUGCGGUGUGCUAAGCCCUACGCGACAGACAUCAAGCCACGGUCGGAGGAGAGACAGAAAACAAUUUUUGCUGAAUUUGAGCGUGCUGAGAUGGAGGUGUUCAGCAAAUAUGAUACAUAG